UUUAUAAGUAGAUAUAAUAACAUCCUAUAUGAAGACUUAAAAAAUCAUCAAAGCGUCAAGAAUCGAUACUUUAAAACAUUAUUUUAGCAGGUUCAACGCAAGAUUUUCAAGAUCAUUCCUCCCACGUGUUCGAUUCACCAUGUUUACUCCUGUUGCCAUGGACGCGGUGUUCUAUUUACACAGAUGAACUUGCCAGCGAUAGAAGCAGGCGUUACAGUCAUCUAUAUUGAGAAGUCAAACAAUGGCGACUACAAAGUCAACUCAACGAUCUGAGGACAUCCACGGUGAGAAGACGUCGAUGUUUCGGAGAAUGAUCACAAAAUUGAAGAACGUGCCGGCAGAAGACGACUUGGAGGUUGUAAAUAAGAUCAAGCCUACUGAGAGAGUCAGCACAGAGCCCUCGCUAAGAGAUGUUAAAGAGUGCACUACCGGUGCUCUCCAGGAAGACCUCCAGGACCUCCAGAACGUUGAGAAGAGAACCAUGUUCAGAAGGAUGAUCAACAAACUGAAGAAGGGGACAGCAGAAGACGACUUGGAUGAUGGGUCUGAGACCAACCUGAAGCCAAGUCAGAGAGGCAGCACAGAGCCCUCGAUAAGAGAGCUGAUGGAGUACACUGGUGCUCUCAGGGAAAACCUACAAGACCUCCAGGACUUGUUUCAGAAGAAACAAAAGUACACAUCCCUGUUUGUCAGGAGGCUACAAGAUCAAACUGAAGAAAACCACAGACAGGAGAAUGAAGUUCUGAGUGACUUCGCCGGACGGCUAGAGGUUACCAGCAUGUAAGUUUAUAAAUCAUUAUAUAGAAAAUCAUAUCAGCUUACAGAGAACUAAGAGCUCUUGUCAUGUCUUGAAAUUGGACAAAACUAACCGGCACAUAAAACAUUGUACACUCAAACCUGGCUGGUCAACCACCUGGUGC